AUGGACAAAUUUAUAAUCAAGACAAGUGAUUUAGAUACGUCUUCUACAGAUUAUAAAUAUGAUAAAGAUUUUUUAUCCCAAUUAAUCUGUGAAGAGCACUUAGAAAUUUACGAGCCCGCAGCCCUAUGCAAUAACUACCUAACCCAUAAUACGAAUGAGAAAUCUUAUAUUUCAAACGAUCAAGAUUCAAAUUCAGAUAUUAUCUCAGAUCUUUACUGUGAUGAAGACAUGAAUUCAUGUGAAGAGCUAAACAAUGACCAUACUCUUGAAGAAAAAACCUUCGUAAAACCUCAAAUUAUUUCACCAUCAUUAUACUUUAAAGAGGUUAGAGAAAAAGAACUAUUGUAUUUACCAGACCCAGAGGCUUUAAAAACGAUCCAAGGGUAUAUAAGUCCAAAAAUGAGGACAAUUUUAAUAGGCUGGAUGAUGGAAGUGGCAGCGACUUUUUCAGUACAUAAGGAAACUCUUUAUAUGGCGAUUUCUCACUUAGAUAGGUUUAUUUCGGCGUAUCCUGAUAUCGAGACUGGGAUUUUUCAGCUCGUCGGGCUAUCUACAGUGCUGAUUGCAAUGAAGGCUGAAGAGAUCAUGGUCCCUCAGUUUUCUGAGCUUCUGAAAACGACUGAUAAUGCCUAUAACGCCUCAGAGCUAAGCAAUAUGGAGAAAACUAUUCUCAAAACCCUUAAAUGAAAAAUAUAUCCUCCAACUGCUUUUAGCUGCCUAAACUUUUUACUGUCAGAAUGAGACAAAUUCAUUAUAUCUACAUACGGGAGUAUCGAAAAUUCAAUUGUUUUAUCAAAAGAUGAAAACGAAAGACAAAAUCAAAGCGAUUUUUUUAACCUUAUAUUAAUUACGUAUAAACAAAAUAAUCAAGCAUCGAUAAGAAGGCUAUGCGAAGUGAACCAAUUUUUGGAUUUUGCAGCUUUGGAUUGUGAAAUGUUAAAAUUCAAGCCAAGUGAAGCUGCUUUAGGAGUUUUUUAUUUAAUGAUACAGAAAGCGUUUAAUGAAAGUGACUAUGGACUACUGAGGUAUUGUGGAAAUGGGUAUCAGUUUGAAGAAUUUGAUGGAGGAAGCUUGACUCAUAAUAUCUUGGAAUAUUUUUUUUCGUCAGUAUUAGAUGUGGGUCCAAUAGAUCUUAUAUAUUCUUCUUAUCAGUACUUUUUACAACUAGCUCCGAAUAUUCGUUUUACUGAUGAGUCGGUUAUUAGCUUCCCCUUUUAGAGCGAGUAAGGUUUUUUUUAUUUUUAAAGGUAAAAAAUUUAUAUAAAAUAUUUUUAAAUUUGAAAAAUCUGAAAAAAAAAUUUGCUUAAGGUGCUAUUUAUGCUAAAUUUAGUAGAUCUUGCUAUAUUAAUGAUUAGGCUCAUGCUAUUUUAUUGGGACUUUCUGCGAGUGAGACGUGAGACGUUCCUCAAGAAAUUUGGUCGAAAUUUUUUCCUCACAUUUGCUUGGAAAAACCGUAAAUUUCGAUCAAAUGUUUUGAGAAAAAAUUCGACCAAAUAUCCCAGAUUUACUACCAAAAAGUCCAGAGGAAAAAGCAUGCACCUAAUUAUUAAAUAUAUUUUAUAUCAAAAAAUAUUAUAUGAAAUAAUUGCUCUUUCUAUUUUCUCAAAGAUUUUCCCAAUAGUUUUGCUCGCUUCAAAUGAGGAAAGUAAGUAA